AUGACAAAUGAUAUUAGCUUGGGAUGGAGAGAUGAAGGCCGAACCUCUCUCCAUUUCCUCUCUCUCUCUCUCUCUCUCUCAGGCUCUCAGCUCUUCCACUCGGUCGCCUGUGUACUCGUGCAGUUUCUGAUGCUCCGGCUCAUGGGAAGAACAGUGACCGGAAUGGUGAGCAGUUUCCUCUUCCAGAUGAUGUACCUCCUCCUGGGCUAUUACUACACAGCCACAGAUCAGUACGAUAUCAAGUGGACGAUGCCUCAUUGUGUGUUGACUCUCAAACUCGUUGGUAAGAGCUUUGAAAUUCCUCUCGAUAUCAUCAAUACUGAUAAAGUACUGUUGUGUUUGAGAGCUCGAAGGAAUGGCAUGCCGAUAAAGAUUAACGGAUCAAAAUGGCUUUAUUCCCUCUCUCCUUCUCUGUCCAGCAUCUUUCCUGCCAUUAAGCGGUUCUCUCUGGGCCUUGUCUGCCUGUCAAUCUACACUAUAGGAAGUCCUUCCUUUCCAGAUAGCUACCUGCUGUCGGAGCAGUUUGAGGCGCAGCCCUUCUGGUAUCGCUGUCUGUACAUCAUCAUCUGGGGGAAGAUCACUCUCUACAAAUACGUCAGCUGCUGGGUCAUUGCGGAGGGGGUGUGCAUUCUCUCGGGCCUGGGCUACAACGGGCGCGACGCGGCCGGCGUGGCCCUGUGGGACGCCUGCGCCAACAUGAAGGUGUGGCAGUACGAGACCACGCCCCUCUUCACCGGCACGAUUGCGGCCUUCAACACCAACACCAACGCGUGGGUGGCCAGACACGUGUUCAAGCGCCUCAAGUUUCUCGGGAACAAGAUGGCGUCCCAGGCCGCCACGCUGUUUUUCCUGGCCAUCUGGCACGGCCUGCACUCAGGAUACCUGGUCUGCUUCUCGCUGGAGUUGAUCAUCGUCGUCGCGGAGAGACAGGUGGGAGACCCUCGCUGGGCGGCGCGGCUGUCCUCCUGUAACACCCCCCCGCGUGUUUCUUCGUUUCCCAGCGUCGCCGCACUGAUCGUUUCUCUCCAUCUCGGCUCCUGGUGUGGGGAAAUAUCCCCUCUCGUGGCGUCACUCUGCAGCAGGAGAGUCUCCUUGCUCAAGUCUGAAGUUAGAAGCAGUUGCUGCUCGAGCACUGAGAGAGCGCUGGAUUUCCCUCUCUUGGUCCCGCUGUUUCUCUCCUUUAUCCCACCUUGCUCCUGGCUGGGAUUCGUAAGCUUCCCAUGUUUCUCUGUGGCUCAGGUGUACACGUCUAUAUAUUUCUGCGGCCAUGUCCUUUUCCUCUCCUCCCUGCUGGUCAUGCCUUACCUCCGCCGGGCGCUGGUGCCCAGGAAGAAAGGGAGCGAGAAGAAGGAGCAGUAGGCAGAUGUGCAGACAGACACUCAGAGGGGAGAGAGAAACACAAUGCUGGAUUUAUCUCAUUCUUUUCAAAGGGAAACACAAUCCUUAUGGUUUAUUAUUAACUACCACAACAACAGCAACGGCAAGAACAGAAUAUAUUUUUUAUGUUUUAAUAUAUAUAUAUAAAAAUUUGUAUAUUUUUGGUUUGGGGGAAAAAGAACAUCAACAACCAACAAUUUAUAAACCAUGGUGCCACACCCA